CCCGCGCUGCCCAGGCAUCUAUCGGCAUCUGACAGGAUGUCUUCUCCCCAUCCGUUUGGCAUUGACUUCCUUCCGUUCAUCUGAGGCCCUAUGAUUAUGCGACUCACGCUCACUUCCGUGUACCAGGCUAGGUCACUCACGUUCAGGACAAUCCCCCGCCGUCACAAUGACUGAGGUGUCAUCUACCCGACUUUACCUUGGGAAUCUUCCCCGCACUGCCACCAAGGCAGACGUAGAGGCCCAUUUCCAGACACAUGGAACCGGCGAGAUCACCGAGAUCAAGCUCAUGAACGGCUUUGGCUUCAUUGAGUACAAAGACGCCAUGGACGCCCGCGACGUUGUUCCUGCUUUCCAUGGCUCUGACUUCAUGGGCGAACGGCUCAUUGUCCAAUUCGCACGCGGAUCCCGCCGUAACGAGAACUUUACUCCCCACGAGCGGGCGGCCCCACGCCCUCGUCGUACUCCGUUUCGGAUGAGAAUCAGCAAUCUUCCGGUAGAGACCAGCUGGCAGGACUUGAAAGAUUUUGCCCGCCAGUCUGGCCUUGAUGUCGUUUAUUCCGAAGUCGGCCGCGAACGUGACGGCACUGGAUUCGUUGAAUAUGAAACUGCCGCGGAUCUGAAGACAGCCGUCGAGAAACUAGACCGCUGCGAGUUCAAGGGACAAGAGGUGCAGUGCACUCAGGACGUCAGUGACCCACCUCCUCCUCCCCCAUUCAAACCUAGGGCUCCCUACGGCGCUGGGCCCGACGAUAGAGGACGUGAUAGGUACCGAUCCCGCUCUCCAGGUGGACGCCGUGGCUACCCACCAGCGCCUUAUGCCGAUUACUAUGACCGCCGUGGCCCUCCACGUGAUUAUAGCCCUCGCCGUGACGAUUACCGACGUCGGUCCCCACCCCGUGAAUACUAUGACAACCGUGAGAGAUACGGCCGCUCUCCUCCACGCCGGCCUGUCGAUGAAUAUGGCGCUCCUCGAGCUCGCUACCCUGAAGAUCCCUAUGACGCUCGUGGUCCACCCCCGCGCCGUUAUGAUGACCCAUACGCCAAUGGACAUGGCGGUGGUAGGCCUUAUGAGGGGCGACCACCCUCUCCCGGAAGGCGCCCACGAAGCCCCGGGGGCCGACCAGGGUUUGAGGAGGGAGGAUACCCGCCUCGUGCCCGUUAUUGGUACUGUCCCCUCUAGCUUUCAUAUGACCAGAAGCUAAUUGCAGCAGAUUGUCCCAGCAACCUAACGCUCAUUACAAUUAAUCAGCGGAAUGAACCUUCGGUAUCAAUUGACCUUCAUAGUCUAGCGUAUUAGGGUUCUUUGGGACGAAUACCCUUCUUUAUCAAAUUUGCCUGCUGCUCGAACGUUGUACUGACGCUCUACAUCUUGCAACUUUGGGUUUUUCUACUUGAUCUCUGGGGGGUAAUGAUUUUAGUUGUAAUCAUGAGUCAUGGGCCUGUCAACUUUUCGUUGCGGUCCAACGUACCCCUAGGCGAAGUUUUUCCUUCUCAGUAACAGGGUAACGCGUCUAUUUGGGACACACAAAAUGGGUGGGCUUGUUAACACUUUCUUUCCUAUCCUAUGUAGUAGUCUUUUGUACAACAUAGUCGCCUGCCAUAGCAAUUAGUACUGAAUUCUUGCAAAGAGAAAUUCUGUGUCUGAGACUUCAUAUGAAUCUGUUAUCUUUUGGUCACG